AUGGGGAAAGUGAACGUCUGCUUGAAACGGAGUUACAUUAUCGUGAUAUGUUUGAUUGCGAUACUGGGUGCCCUGAUGUUGGCAUUCACUCUGUUAAGCCAUGGACUCUUACACGAAGAAGAUGAGAUAGAGUCGACACUCCCAGUCAUACAUGGAAUGUAUGUUCUUUCCAUCAUAACCCCGAUCCUGACCAUCAUUGGUCUUUAUGGUGCUUGCAAAGAGAAGAAGUGGGCACUUAUGAUGUUUGCAGUUGUAAUGAUCCUCGGCAGUCUGUUUUGGAUCACAUGUGAUAUUCUACUACUGGCUCUGCGGCCAAUGGUGGCUGAAGUUCAGAAGAGUGAUUACCUACAACUGCUGCCACUGAAUAAUCCUAGUGAGGUUGCUACUGACAGGAUGAAGGCUGCACAGAUUGAAUUUCAGUGCUGUGGACUGGAUCAGGGCUACCUGGAUUGGGGCUACAACAUCCCAGAAUCCUGCCUGUGCACCAAGGAGCCCACUAAUCCAUGUGUGGCAGCUCCCAGAAACAGCAGCCUGUCUGAGCACCUGGUCGAUGACCAGCACAUCAUGAUUUAUAAAGAGUCAUGCCUUCCAUACAUGACUGCUCAUAUGAUGAUGAUCAUAGACUCUGCAAUGGGCAUAAUCCUGGGAGUCACAUUAUUGUGGGUGUUGUCAGUGGUGUUGUGUAUUCUCAUCUUGUGUCGGCUGAAUAAGAAGGAAGACAUCCCGGUGGUGGUCUACAGUCCAGAGGCCAAAGCAGGCAACCACUCGCCUCUCACAGACGCUGUAGAGAAUGCCUGAUUGGUAUUGGUACAAGGAUACAAAGU